AGGAAUGUUCAUACAAUGAGGGUCUGUGUGCAGCGGCUCUCUUUCCUCGGUGAACGACACGGACAAACGAUUGUCAAAGGGACUAUUUGAGACGUAUCUCAAUCGGUUUCGGGAACGACUCCCUGCGUUUCGACCGCUGGGUUUUUGACUUAAUCGCAACCAGAUCCUUCCCGAUCCGGAUGGAAAGAGAAAGAAAGGACUCGUUUCUAAACAAAAACAAACAGAAAAUGCGUGAGUCUUGAACUUUAGUGGAUUUCUCUCUGUUUUUUUUUUCUUUUUUUUUUGUGACCGAUCGCUCACUUUCUCUUCCAGUAGAUGUUAUUGCUGGGAUCAUUUAAUCGGAGAUAAAGUGAGCCGGAGCCGGAGCAGGGGAUGUAUCUAUCUAUCCAUCGGGUGGAAGUGAAGUUGUGCGUGCUGUGGUUUUGAAUCAUUCAGGGAUUCAUAUUGAAUAGACGAUUCAGCCUAUUUAUCUGCGAGCAGAGGUCGAGUCAUUAGGAUCGGGAUUAUUCCAGCUGUAGAUCCACGGUCUUUUUCGUUUUUUUCGUUUUUUUUUUUACACGUGAAUCCACAAACUAAGACUCCGAGGAAUAAGAUACACUUUGGUAACUUUUUAUUACCCUUGGAGGGAAUGGAUUGAUCUGAUCAUUGUGCAACUCGUCAUUUCUUGGAUACAGUGUUUCUUUCUUAGUUAUUGCGUGUAUUUUUUUUAUUUUUAUUUUUAAUUUUUUCUUAAAACCACAUGGGAUCCUAGUUGUGUCCGUACGUCCUGUUUUCUUCCAUGCCCGAGCUGCGGUCCAUUACGAGCUGACUGGACCUCAGUCUUCAGAGAAACUUCCAGCGGGCAUGGGAGAAGCGACCCCGGCGCAGCCUGCCGCGGGGGCUUUCGUGCCCAUGCUGGGUGUGGGUCUGGGGGCGAUGCCCGGCGGGGUGGGCAGCGGGCCGGUGGUGGGCUCCUCCCGGGGCUCCGCGGUGCCACAGCUGCACAGCGCCAUCGUGGAGCGGCUGCGCGCCCGCAUCGAGCUGUGCAGGCGGCACCACUCCACCUGCGAGAACCGCUACCAGAGGGGCCAGGCCGAGACCUCCGACCGCGAGCACGAGAGCACGCUCCACCUGCUCAACAUAGUCCACCAGGGGCCCGGCAACCGCAAGACCAAGGGCGGCCGGGGAUCGAACCAGCAACCUCCAGAGUACAGCAGGGCCAACGGGGAGCAGAAGGGCGCAGAGGGCGAGCAGAAGAUCUCCACGCGCAUUGCGCUUCAAGGAUCUUUGCGGCGAAAGAUCGAGGGUCAUGCACCGGGACACGUGGCCAAGCAGAACGGCCUCUCCUGCGGUUUCCCCGGAUCGGACUUCAAGCGGAUCCGCGUGGACGCCGGUGGCCUCGGACACGGGACGUGCAACCACAGCUUGGCCCAGUCCCACUCUCUGCAGGGCUCCUCGGGCAUGGGCAUGCAGAGGAAGAACUACAUGAUGCCUCACGGACAGGGCUCUGACGUGUUCAACAUGACGCUAAAGGAAAUGAAGAAGGAGCCGGUUGAAAUCCAGUCCUGCGGCCAUUCCAGCGCUGAGAUGAUUUUUGACUUUAAAGAUGAAGGCGGGGGUCAGAUCGACCCUGAGCUCCAGGACCUGUUUGAUGAGCUGACCAAGGCGGUCCCGCCGCUCAACGACCUGGAGUUCGAGAAGAUGCUGAAGCAGGACGACACCUUCGGUUUGGACUUGGGUCGGCCGAGCUCAGCGGGGGCGGCCGCCAGUCUGUGUUCCCCGCUGGAGAAGCCCAUCAAAACAGAGCACUCGCCGGAUUUUGGACAGGUCCACUGUGGCUCUCCGCAGCUCCGGCCGGCCUCGGCGGGACCGUCUUUCACGCUGACCAGCACCUCCUCCACAACCACGUCGCAGAAAGCUAGCUCUCAGGCCGGACACCCCAGAACCAUGCCCUGCUGGCCAGAAAUAUCCCACGCAGAGCAGCUGAAGCAGAUGGCGGCAAAUCAGCAGCAGCCAAGCUCCCUUCUCCACCACCACCACCAACCAACCCCACCAGUGGGUCUGACCAGCUGGGCUCCCACCAUGAGCACCCACUCCUCCACCAGCACCUUCCCCCAGGACGGGGUCUCCAGCCCAGCCCCGCUCAACCAGCAGAGGAUCGGACCUCACAGCAAAGGGAUCAACAACUGCCUCUUUAAAUCCAACGGCCACAGCGGCUCGCACCACCUGGACAUGAAGGUUCUCAGCACCAAGCCCACGCUGCACUUCAGCCCCAAAGCGCCGCAUUCGGCCAGCCAGCCCAUGCCCAUCAUGGCGAGCCCGGUGACCAGAACGGACCAGCAGCAGCAGCAGCAGCAGCAGCAGUCGCCGCCGCCAGGCCAGAACCAGCCACAUUCAGCUCUCCACUUCCAGAACCAGCAGAUCUCCUCAUCGGGGGGCCUCUGUCUGCAGCCCAAGCCUGUUCCUGCGGGGCUGCCCUUCAGACUGUCACAACAGCGACAGGGUGUUCCCGCCGGCCCGAGGCUUCCCGCUAAUGGAAGCCUGGGAGGCAUGUCAGCUCAGCCGCCGCCGCGGCCGUCGGCGCCCAACAAUCAGCAGAAAGGAACGGCCAAGGCUCCAGCCAUGCAGCGGCAGCUCAACCAGCCACAGCACGCCAUCAGCAACACAGACAAAGACAGCACAAAUGAUCAGUUCAGUCGUCAUCUCACGAGACCGCCGCCGGACUACAAGCAGUCAAGAAGCAUGGUGGGAGUUCAGCAAGGGAACAUGUUCACAGGUCCAAACUCCUCCCAGCCUCCCAGCAAUGGCCUCGACGGCGGCCUGCAGUCCCUAUCCUGUCACCUUCCCUCUGGCCCGACGUCAAAGAUGGCUCCUUCGCCGUCAGACCGUAGAUUUGGGACCGACUGCCACCCCGGCUCCUGCAUCAGCCAGUUCCCGCAGCAAAACAGUCACAACCGCAUGGGACUGAAUCAGAGUAAGCCCCGGUUCCUGGGGCCGAACGCACAGGGGAAGUCCUUCGGGAUGAACAGCGCAGCAGGUGUCCAGCUCCAGAGGACGGCAGCUGACUUGCAUUCCUCGGGGGUGCCGGGUCAGACCCUGGGACCCUUGAUGACAAAUGUCGGCAUGGGCUGGGGCUCGGUCAACAAGCAAGUGACAACUGGACUCGGGAUCCGGCGGCUCCCCAACCCCCUCCAGUCUCAGGAUCUGCCAAACCACCCGUACCAGCAGCGGCACGUCGGCCCCCCCAACCAGGUGGCCCCGGACAUCGGCCUGCUCCCUCUAAACCCGUCCAGGUCCAACCAGGCCAUCAUCGGCUCCCCGUCGGCGGUCGGGAACCUGAACCAGGCCUCGCCCGAACAGAGAGUACCGGCGGGGAACUUCGCCGAGCCCAACCCCGGCUGCAGCGGCAGCUUCCAGAACAGCAGAGCCAACCGCCUGACUUUCGACUUCCUCCCAGAGGGAGACAACACGGUUCCUGGAAUCAACGCAGAUUCCGACUUCAUUGACUCUUUGCUCAAAUCUGGCUCUGGGAACGAUGACUGGAUGAAAGAUAUCAAUUUGGAUGAGAUCCUGGGAAGCCACUCCUGAAUAUGGCUCUCAACUUGCUAAAUGGAACAACUCUUGUAAAAAAAAUUUAAAAAAAAAAAAAGAAAAAAGUCUAAAUGGGAUUUUAUAAACUCAUAUUAUUUGUUACCCACAUAUAAUGAAUUGUUUUGUAUUGUAUUUACUGUGAAAGGAAUUUGUGUUCUGUCUUUAGUACUCUGCUAUAUUGGCCAAGAACCUGCUCUUCUUUGUUUUCGUGGUCUGUAUGUCAUGCCCCAGUGCCGUCGUAAACGUCAAAGUACAAGAUCCACACUGUGAAAUGAAAACAUUGCUGUGUUUCCUGAAACCUCAGCUCGGUCCAACUUUCUCGAUCCGCAUCCAUCCUUCGCCGUGGCAUCAUACUCUCUUGCUCCCAUGUUCCAUGAGAGUUUUUGGCAGAACGUUUCUGUUCCUUUUGCCGUUCGAGGCUCAUUCAUCUGUGAUAGUUUCUGAUGCAGUUCAGACAAUGUAACCAUUGUUUUUUCAUGUCAUAUUUAAUAAUUAUUGGGAUAGUAAUUAGACAAUAUAAUACAUGUAAUUAAUAAAAUUUAUUUGAAGAGUC